AUGGCGGAUCAUCUCGGUCGUACAGAAGCAUAUGAUGAAAUAUUACCGUUUAAUAUUCAGUCCACGCCUUCGAAUUCGGAUGAUUGUAUCGCUGUUUGGUUAAAUUCAGAAGACAAACUGAGUCCUGAAGUUCAGUCAGAGAUAAACAGCGCAAUACGAUCGAUUGCAGCCUAUUUGCAAAUGUUCACAAAUGUCGAUGAAUGUAUAGAUUUUAUCUCUUCUAUCGUCUAUGAAAAAGUAUUCCUCUUCGUAUCGAUAUCCGUUGCUCGACAACUUGUACCACUAAUCCAUGACCUUCUCCAGUUGGUAUAUAUUUAUGUCUACACCACAAGCGAUGUUCAUAUUCAUCAAUCGAGCUGGAUGAAAGACUUUCCUAUUGUUCGAGUUGGAAAUCAGCAUGAAUUGCUAGAACAAUUACAACGCGACAUAAAAUAUUUGCAAACUGAUGCGUCGCCAUUUUCACUAUGUUGGACAGAGACAGCAACUAAUCAUUCGACUCAAGAUUUUAACAUUCAACACGCGAAUUUCCAAUGGAAUCAACUACUACUUGCUGCACUAAGACGACUACCUCAGAAUGAUCGAUCGAAACAAGAUAUCAUUGAUGAAUGUAAGGCGCAGUACCAAAAUAAUACUUCGGUGCUGAAACAGAUCGAAGAAUUUGAGAAAUCUUAUCGGUCUGAAUUAGCUAUUUGGUGGUACACCCGAGAUUGUUUCUUAUACAAGAUGAUCCAUCGUGCACUUCGUACGGAAGAUAUAGAUAUCAUUUUUAAAUUUCGAUUUUUCAUAACCGAUCUUUACAACCAACUGAGCGACUUACAUAGACGAUCCAAUUCGGAGCGAUCAAAUCUGUUGGUUCUUUAUCGUGGCCAACGAUUAAUGUCAAAUGAAUUGGAAGUUUUGAAAUCGAAUAUAAAUUGCAUUAUUUCAAUGAACACAUUUUUAUCGGCAACAACAAAUCUGGAUGUGGCGUUGAUGUUCGCUGGAAAUGGAUCCGAACGACCUCUGAUUGAAUCCGUACUGUUCCAAAUAACGAUUGAUGUCAAUCAAUCAGACCAACCUGUCGCCGAUAUUUCACAGCUCGGUUACAUGAAAGAUGAAGAUGAAGUUCUUCUUUCAAUGAGUAUGUUAUUUCGAGUAAAUGUCAUUUACGAGGUAGAUAACAGCGUAUGGAAAGUGGAGUUAUUGUGUAUCAAUGAAACUGAUAUUGAACUGAAUGGUUAUUAUAAAUAUCUGAAAAAGAACAUUAAGAAAGGCAGCGAUCCGCUUCUAAACUUUGGAUCGCUUCUUUUCGAAAUGGGUCUAUACGACAAAGAAGAGAAAUAUUAUUUAAUGGUACUCGCUGAAGGUACGAACAAGUAUGGUGUGGUCUACAAUAAUCUUGGUUUUUGCUAUUAUCAUAAACGUAAUUAUAGACGAGCUUUAGAUUAUUACAAUAAAGCAUUGACUCAUUAUGCCAUGGAAAAUCUUGAUGAAGAUCCAUGUUGUACGCAAACGUACAAUAAUAUUGGACUUAUUUAUCAAGCUGAAGGUAAGUAUAAGGAAGCACAAAGAUUCUAUCAGAAAGCACUGAAAAUACAUGAGAAAAAUCCAACAAAAAAUGUCAUUGGAUAUGUUCAAACUCUUACCGGUCUUGGAAGUAUUUACAAAGCACAAAAUGCUUACAAUCAGGCGUUGACACUGUAUUUACAAGCGUUAGAUAUAGUGCAUACUCAACGACCUGGAAAUUAUUUUGGAGAAGGAGGCAUUCAUCAUCACAUAGGGUCCAUUUACUUCGCAUUGGGGCGGUACGAUGAGUCAAUAAGCACUUUAACAAAAGCUUUACGAAUAUCUCAAACAUUAUUGCCAAACAAUCAUCCUGUUAAUAUUGACAUAUUAAUAGACAUAGGACUUGUAUAUGAUCAGAAAGCAGAAUAUGAUCAAGCACUCAACUAUUAUAGACAAGCACAUAAUGUCUUUAUAAAACAAAAGAUCGUUGAUCAGAUUGAACUUGCUACGCUUUAUAAUAAUAUUGGGAUCAUUUAUAGUAAAAAAGGUGAGUAUUCUUUAGCAUUAGAGUACCAUUAUAAAUCUUUAGAAAUCAGAGAACAAUUUGCUUCACAAUGUGCGAAUACCAUUGCUAAUUCAUGUCUUAAUAUUAGUAUUGUUUAUAUCAAGAUGAAAAAUUAUCAUGAAGGUAUUAAGUUAGCAGAAAAAGGUAUUGCUACUAUACGUCAGUCUCAAUGUCCAGAUCACGUCGAUCUCGGAAUAUUGUAUAAUAAUUUGGGAACAGCCUAUCAGGAUAUGAGAGAUUUCAAGCAAGCUCUACACUACUUUCAGCUGUCUCUUGAUAUUAAAUAUCGAUAUUAUCCAUCAAAUCAUUCGUCGAUUGGAACAACGUUAGAUAAUAUUUCUUAUCAGUACUUAUUAACAGGAGAUAUUUCAACAAGUCUAUAUUACCAACAACAGUCUUUAAAAAUAUUCGAGCAAUCGCUUGGCAUUAAUCAUCCAACUACAAUUAACUGUAGAACAUAUCUCGAAUUGCUUCAGUGA